UACAUUUAGAGCUGAGCUGAGCAUAACUGUACGCACAUUGCACUACCCACUCUGGGUCACCGUCUGUGACAUAAAAUAUGUGUAAUUAGCAAAGGGGAGAGCAGAAAAAAGUCUCUGCGUUACAGUGUGUGUGUGUGUGUGUGCGUGCGUCUAGUUUGAGUGACACAUGUACACGGUGUACUGACACUAGGCGCUGCUGUCGUCUUGUCCCUCCGUCUUCUGUCUCCCUGACCAUGGCCACCACUGCUCCACCUCCGCCAACCCCCUGCAACAUGCAGUGCGCUCCCGGCAUGGCCGGCCCCGAAUUACCCAUGUUCAACUCUCUCCCCUUCUACAGGAGGCACACGCCGUUUGUCAGCCAACCGGACUACCGUAUUUAUGAGCUGAAUAAGAGGCUACAGCAGCGAACAGAGGAAAGCGACAAUUUAUGGUGGGAUGCUUUUGCGACCGAGUUUUUUGAAGAUGACGCCAGUCUCACUCUCUCGUUCUGUUUAGAAGAUGGUCCCAAGAAAUAUGCCAUUGGUAGGACCCUCAUCCCGCGGUACUUCCGCACGGUGUUUGAGGGCGGGGUCACCGAUCUGUAUUACCUCCUCAAGCACCCUAAGGAGUCGUUCCAUAACACCACCAUAACGCUGGACUGCGAUCAGACAACCAUGGUGACACACCACGGCAAACCCAUGUUCACAAAGGUUUGCACGGAGGGUCGAUUGGUUGUUGAGUUCACAUUUGAUGACCUGAUGCGCAUACGUUCUUGGCAUUUUUUCAUCCGCCAGCACAGAGAGCUCAUUCCCAGAAGUGUGGUGGCGAUGCAGUACCAUUCUCAGGACCCUGGCAUGAUGGAACAACUGUCCAAGAACAUCACCAGACAAGGGCUGACGAACGUCACCCUCAACUAUCUCAGGCUGUGUGUGAUCCUGGAGCCCAUGCAGGAGCUGAUGUCGCGUCACAAGGCCUACAACCUCAAUCCCAGGGACUGUCUGAAAGCGACCCUCUUCCAGAAAUGGCAGCGAAUGGUUGCACCUCCCGCCGAAACGAACAGAACACAACCGAAGCGUCGGAAGCGUAAAUCUUCCACCAGCUUGCCUGCAGGGGGCGGCAGCAUGCCCAACAACAUGUCGGGCGGGUCCAAGAAGAAAUCCUCUCCUGGCAGUUACAGCAUGUCCACAACGCCGGAAGGUGUGCCCACGCGUAACGGGCCGGCGGGCCGACACAAGAGCAAACGUAAUCGUCCGACUUCACCUCAGCCCGUUCCCAUGCCACCUUGGAUUCAUGAGUCCGUCUCGGAGGACGUGAUGGUUGUCGGGGAGCCCUCGCUGAUGGGCGGAGAGUUUGGCGACGAGGAUGAGCGCCUGAUCACGCGCCUGGAGAACCAGCAAUUUGACUCCAACAGUGGCAUGGACAACGAGGAAGAUUUCGAGGCUGGCAGCGGCAAGCGACCAUCGUCCUCCAGUGGGCCGGGGUCCUGGGCCCCCGCCGAUGUCAAGCCGCCUCCCCCUGUCUCCCAGGGCCAAGACGAGAAAGCAACCCCAUCAAAUUCAAACUGAAAAAAAUAAAACAAAAAGUUUUCAACCAAAAAAAAA